AUGACACUCUCGGUUCCUGAUUGUGCAGAAGUCAACAGGAUUCGAAUGUCAAAUCAUCGCAAAAUGAGCUUGGGAAGUGCACCACUGAUUGCUAAUGGAAGACCAAGUCCUCCUCCACGAAGGACCAGCUUAGCAGAAAGCAUUCGCACCCUGGCGUUCACCGCUCGUCGAAACUCUUCUCCCCUUUACCGCAAGUCGACGAAAAAACUAAAGAAGAGUCGGCUUGUCGGUAAAAAUGGUAUUUGCAAUGUUUACAACACCAACGUUCCAAAGAAAGACAGACAAUAUCUGCGAGAUAUCUUCACCACUCUGAUUGAUGUCAAAUGGCGAUGGAUGCUCAUGUUAUUCGCAUCGGCAUUUGUGCUAAGUUGGAGUGUCUUCGGAACUGCUUAUUAUCUCAUUUCUCUUGUACACGGGGAUCUUUCUCUCCCAACUCCUGCCAAUCAUACUGCAUGCAUUAUGAACCUUGACUCGGUCUACUCUUCUUUCUUGUUUGCUGUUGAAACUCAUCAUACCAUUGGAUAUGGUCAUAGAUACAUCACUACUGAAUGUUAUCUUGCCGGAGUAAUUGUCUGCCUUCAAGCGAUAUGUGCUUUAUUGUUGCAAUCUUUUAUGGUUGGAAUUGUGUUCGCCAAAAUGGCUAGACCUAAAAAACGAGCGGAGACUAUUAUCUUCAGUGACAAAGCGGUUAUCUGUUUACGUGACGGUCAAUUAUGUUUCCUCUGUCGUGUUGGAGAUAUGAGAAACACUCAUUUGGUUGAAGCUCAUGUUCGCCUCCAAUUCAUUACGGACCGUGAAACUAAUGAGGGCGAGAUUGAGCCACUCCAUCAAUUCGAAAUGAAGGUCGGACCUUCAAUUUCCGACGACGACCGCCUUUUCCUGGUCUGGCCAACUACCCUUUGCCAUGUCAUUGAUUCCCGCAGCCCGCUCUACAAUUACAAUCAGCAAAGCUUAAUGUCCGCUCAAUUUGAAAUAAUUGUUCUCUUGGAGGGAAUCGUCGAGUCAACUGGAAUGACUGCCCAAGCCAAGACUUCCUAUCUCCCAUCUGAAAUUUCCUGGGGACACCGGUUCCGCAAGCUUGUCACCUAUCAACGUUCAAACGGAUCUUACCAAAUUGACUAUGAUCUCUUUAAUGCCACUUAUCCAGUCCGCACUCCUGCCAUUAGCCCUGCCGAGUUCUAUUCUUCAAAACCGAAUCUCAAAGACUACUACUGUCAUGAUAGCCAAGAACACAAACUCGAAGACAAUCGCUCAUCUGACUCCACUCCACUCCCAUCUCCAUCUCCUUACAGCUAUCCAUCUACUCCAAUGAAUCACUUCCAGUCUUCGUCCAACUCUCCAGUAUUCUCAAACUCCCAUUCAAUGUUCAAUACUGAGGCUGUCACUUGUGAAGCUGGAAUGUUGUGCCCACCAACCAUCGUUGUUCAAUGCCCAUCAACUUGCGCCUCGCCGAAUCACAUGAGAAGGACUCGCAAUCAAAUGGAUAAGAGCCGUACCGGAAGCUCCUGUGAUCUCACUCGCCCAAGCACUGCACUAUCAGAUUUGGAAGAGGAAUGCUCCGACAGCGGAUCUCCAACAAAAUGUCAAUCCCCACCAGUGGUCCCAAUCCAUAUUGAGAUUGUCAGCGAGACAUAA